AAAAAAAAAAGCUGCUCCCUAAAAUUUUUUUUGAGCUAUAAAAUCAAGUCUGUGCUUCAUUGCGCAUUUAUUUCAUUUUUUUCCCUUCUUUAUCUUCUCUGUGUGUACCUGUGCGCCUGUGUAUCUGUGUAAAAUGACUGCUACUAAUUAUCCUCAAAAUGUCGGUAUCUUGGCUAUGGAGAUGUACUUUCCCAAGAGAUGUGUCAUUCAAUCAGAAAUGGAAGUCUUUGAUGGUGUAAGCGCAGGAAAAUAUACUAUUGGCCUUGGUCAAGAAAAAAUGGCCUUUAUUGAUGACCGUGAAGACGUUCAGUCUAUUUGCUUAACUGCUGUCCAAAACUUGAUGGAAAAGUACAAUAUUGCUUACACUGAUAUUGGUAGACUCGAAGUUGGUACAGAAACAAUCAUUGACAAAUCCAAGGCAGUCAAGACUGUUUUGAUGACCCUCUUUUCUGAACACGGCAAUACCGAAAUUGAAGGCAUUGACACUACCAAUGCUUGUUAUGGUGGUUUCUCUGCUUUUUCUAAUGCAGUCAACUGGAUUGAAUCAAGUUCUUGGGAUGGUCGAUAUGCUAUUGUCGUUGCUGGUGAUUUGGCUCUCUAUGCAUCUGGUGCUGCUCGUCCUACUUCGGGUGCUGGUGUCGUUGCUAUGUUGAUCGGCAAGGAUGCCCCUAUCGUCCUCGAACGCGGUCUUCGUGCAACACAUAUGGAGCACGCCUACGAUUUUUAUAAGCCCGAUAUGCAUUCCGAAUAUCCUGUUGUGGAUGGCAAGUUCUCAAAUGUCUGCUAUCUUCGCGCUUUUGAUACCUGUUAUCGCCGUUACAUGUCUCGUUUGAGUAAGUUGGAAAACAAGGAAAAGCCAAGCAUGGAUGAUAUCGACUAUGUCGUCUGUCACUCUCCCUAUGCAAAGUUAGUCAACAAAUCAUUUGCUCGUGCAGCAUACAAUGACUUCCUUCUUGAUACUGAAAACGAAAAAUAUGCAAUCCUGCAACCUUUCCAAAGUUUGACUUAUGCUGAAUCUCUUGAAAAUAGAGAUUUGGAAAAGGCCUGUAUGACAUUCACCAAGUCAGGUUAUACUCAAAAAGUUGGUCCAUGUGCCUUUGUUCCUAAGCAGAUUGGCAACAUGUACACGGCUGCUGUCUGGGCUGGUUUAGCUUCUCUUAUCUCUGAAGUUGACUCAGACAUACUUCAGGGUAAGCGCAUCUUGCUCUACUCUUAUGGUUCUGGUUUAGCUGCUUCCAUGGUUUCCUUCCGUGUGAACUCAUCAACAGAAAGUAUCAAGAGCAACCUCAACCUUCGUGAUCGUUUAGCUGCUCGUACUCAUUCUAAACCUGAAGAAUUUGCUGAAGCUAUGGCUAUUCGUGAAAAGACCCAUAACGUCUGUGACUAUACUCCUGUUGGAAACCUUGACAAUAUUGACUCUGGUGUUUACUAUAUUGAAAAGAUUGAUGAUAAAUGGAGAAGAUUCUACAAGCGCAAGGAUUAAGUUUGGAGCAUAUUUAUACAUACAUAAUAUUUUUAGGAAUUAUUCGAAUAUAAUUUAAAAUUUAAAAUCAAUAAUAGCAAUUACACUUUAGUUAUCAAUCUUUUCUUUAUUAUUAAAAAGGC